AUGGGUGUUGUCACCAUUGGUGAACUGAAGCCUAGCAUUUCAGGGAAGCGGUCGUUUCGUCCAAGUUCCAGUAUCAGGCAUGCCACAGAAUGGCCAAUCUCUGAUGUUUCCAGCGAUCUUACUGUGGAAAUAGGAGCUUCAAGCUUUGCACUUCACAAGUUCCCUCUAGUUUCUCGGAGUGGAAGGAUUCGGAAACUGUUGCUUGAAGCAAAAGAUUCGAAAGUAUCACGCAUAAUUCUAUCUUCUGUUCCCGGUGGACCGGAGGCAUUUGAGCUAGCUGCAAAAUUCUGCUAUGGAAUUAAUGUUGAGAUUACACAAUCAAAUGUUGCCAUGCUCCGUUCUGUAUCCCAUUUCCUGGAAAUGACAGAAGAGUAUGCUGAGAAAAACCUGGAAACCAGAACUGAAGCUUAUCUGAAGGAGAUGGUGUUCCCAAACAUAUCAAAAUCAAUAUCAGUUCUUCAUCGUUGUGAGACCCUCUUGCCAACAGCAGAAGAAACCAACCUGGUUAGCAGGCUUAUCAAUGCAAUUGCAAAUAAUGCAUGCAAAGAGCAGCUCACCUCUGGCUUAUUGAAACUUGACCACAACUUUCCUACAAAAGCAGCUCCAAUUAUGGAACCUGAAACACCUUCAGAUUGGUGGGGGAAAGCGCUUACAGUGCUUAGUCUUGACUUCUUCCAACGGGUUCUAUCUGCAGUGAAAACCAAGGGUCUUAAACAGGAUAUGAUAAGCAAAAUUUUGAUCAAUUAUGCCCAUAAUUCUCUUCAAGGUCUUGUUGUCAGGGAUGCCCAAUUGGUAAAAGGAAGUCUCUUGGAUCUAGAAUUGCAAAAGAAACAAAGGGUCAUUGUUGAAGCUAUAGUUAGUUUGCUCCCAACACAAUCAAGGAAGAGUCCAGUUCCAAUGGCAUUUCUUUCGAGUUUGUUGAAAACUGCAAUUGCAGCAUCAGCAUCCACUUCUUGCAGAUCUGAUUUAGAGAGGCGGAUUGGUUUGCAACUGGAUCAGGCAAUUCUUGAAGACAUCUUAAUUCCUGCAAAUUCACAUGGGAACAACCACAGCACAAUCUAUGACACAGAUGCUAUAUUGAGGAUCUUUUCAAUAUUUUUGAACUUGGAUGAGGAUGAUGAAGAAGAUAAUCACUUGAGGGAUGAAAGUGAGAUGGUUUAUGACUUUGACAGCCCUGGAUCUCCAAAGCAAAGCUCAAUCCUGAAGGUGUCAAAGUUACUGGACAAUUAUCUUGCAGAAGUUGCACUGGACUCAAACUUGAUGCCAUCAAGGUUCAUAGCACUAGCAGAACUACUUCCAGACCACGCUCGGAUAGUGAGUGAUGGACUCUACAGAGCUGUGGAUAUUUUCCUCAAAGUUCAUCCAAACAUCAAGGACUCUGAACGGUACCGGCUGUGCAAAACCAUUGACUGCCAGAAACUCUCCCAAGAAGCCUGCAGUCAUGCAGCACAGAAUGAAAGGCUACCAGUACAGAUGGCAGUGCAGGUACUCUACUUUGAGCAAAUCAGGCUGAGGAAUGCAAUGAAUGGUGGCCACAAUCAGUUCUUCUUUGGGGCAAUAAAUGGAACCCAAUUCCCUCAAAGAUCAAGCAGUGGUGCUGGCAGUGGAGCCAUCUCCCCAAGAGACAACUAUGCAUCAGUCAGAAGAGAGAACAGAGAGCUGAAGCUUGAAGUUGCAAGAAUGAGAAUGAGGCUAACAGACUUGGAAAAAGAUCAUGUGUCUAUGAAACAGGAGCUUGUAAAGUCUCAUCCUGCAAACAAGCUGUUCAAAUCAUUCACCAAAAAGUUGGGGAAGCUCAAUGCAUUGUUCAAGAUCAAUAGCAUUAAGCCCCUAGGGGGCAAGGCAAGCUCAGAGUCCAGAUUUCCAUUUCAGAAGCGAAGGCGUCAUUCCGUUUCAUGA